AUGGGAAUUACAUGUUCAAAACGCAAAAUUAAUAGCUAAAAAUAUGUAUAGGUUUAAGCAAAACCAAUUCAAGCUAGUUUAAGUACUUCAAAAGAGGCAUUAGCAUUUUGUGAUUCAUAAGACUUAGCUAAUAUAAUGAGAACCAAGCCAGUCAAAUAAUAUUUAUAAGACGUAAUUAAGAAGUAAUAAAUCUAUUUUGAUUCUUGUGAAUAAUUAACACAUAUAAUAGAGAGAAAAUCUGAAAUUUUAUUAAGAUGUUAUAAUGAUUUUACUGAGAAAGCUUUAAAAAUAAAACUCAUAGUACUAAAAUACUAUAAUGAGAAUUUUUUGGCUUAUUAGAAGUUUGAACCUGGUUGCAUAUAAGAAAAUGAUUUAGUAGCAAAUGAAACUAUGCAAGUAUAAUAUCUGAUUUGCAUGAUAAGAUUCUUCUUGAGACUAUUAUCAUUCUAAAUUGUUUGAUGGAUAAAAAUUUUGAUGAAGAAUAAGAAUUAUGGUGGGGAAAUGAUUAUUUUAAAAAUAGAAUUUAAAAUCUGGGUGGAAUAGUGGAAGAUAGAAUUUAAAAUGACCAAAUUGUUUAACCUAUUGUUCAAUAUUUAUAAGCAUUAAUAAAUAAAGUUACAUAAUCUUUACCAAUUAAUCAAUAAUAAUAAUAAUAAUAAAAGCCUUUUCAGCAUAAUCAAUCUGUUGUAAAUAGUACAGCAAUUGCUUAAGUACAUUUGACAAAAUUUUAUAAUGAUCUUAAAUUAGAAUUUGCAAGAGAUGCUGGUGAGGAAUAGAUUGUUUCUUGA